UCCACGAUCCGGUGGAGGCCGAAAGUCCAAAAGGUCAACAAGGAGGAGGCGCGGCGAGGCGAUCCACCCGACCCGCCGCACUCCACCCAUCUCGAGGCCCGGAAGGUGGCCGACGUCCUCCACCCGCUCCACACCCCAUCGCUUCGUCGCUACGCAUGGAUACCACCGCCAUGGGAGCGCUCGAGGAGGCACACCUCGCCGCCGCCGUGGCCGCCGCGUGCGCGUGCGAGGAGGAGGACGAUGACCUCGAGCUGCUUGGCGGGGAGGCGUCGCCCGCGGCGGCCGCGGCCGACGCCAUGGAGCCGGCGGUCCGCGCGCUGCUGGCGGGGCUCGGUGAGGACGAGCGCCGCGAGGGGCUGCGCCGGACGCCCAAGCGCGUCGCCAAGGCCUUCCGCGACGGCACCCGAGGUUACAGGCUAAAAGUAAAGGACAUUGUGCAGGGUGCUCUGUUUCCAGAGGUUGGUGUUGACAAAAGGACCGGGUCUGCUGGUGGAACUGGAGGGCAAGUUGUUGUUCGAGAUAUUGAGCUUUUCUCAUACUGUGAGUCAUGCUUGCUUCCAUUCAGCAUACAAUGCCAUGUUGGGUAUGUGCCCUCAGGUGGAAGGGUUGUUGGGUUAAGCAAGCUUUCUAGAGUAUCAGAUGUCUUUGCCAAGAGAUUGCAAAACCCUCAAAGAUUAGCUAACGAAGUCUGUGGCGCACUGCAUGCUAGCAUUCAACCUGCUGGUGUGGCUGUUGCUCUGCAGUGCUGGCACAUCCCUUUGCCAGAAAACUUGGAAUGCAAGACUUUGCAAGGUUGGAUUAGAACUUCACAUUCAUCUCGCUCCGGAGUUUUUGAAGGUGAAAACAGCACUUUCUGGAGUGACUUCUUGGCUCUUCUUAAGCUUAGGGGCAUAGACAUGGAGGUGGAUAACCAUUCUGCCUAUAUUCCUUGGUGCCCCUUAAGGUCUCAUGAGGUCCCACUCUCUAACGGGCACUGCAAGAAAAGCUCAACUAAUGGCAUGGUUUCAGCAGUUACCUCGAUGAUCUUAUCACUUGGAGAGGACCCCCUCAGGAAAGAACUUUUAGGCACUCCUCAGCGCUAUGUGCAGUGGCUGAUGAAAUUCAGAGCAUGUAAUCUGGAUGUGAAGCUGAAUGGCUUUACACUUGGUAAUGUCAGCAUAUAUGAGAGGCCAGGUGGAGGCAUGGUAGAUCAUGGAGCGAUCCGGUCUGAGCUGCAUUUUCCAUUUUGUGCUCAAUGUGAGCACCAUCUUCUGCCUUUCUAUGGAGUAGUGCACAUUGGGUACUUUGACAAUGGAAGCGGAGAAGGCAUUGAUCGGUCACAUUUUCAGGCAUUGGUUCAUUUCUAUGGGUGCAAGCUUCAGGUUCAGGAAAGGAUGACAAGGCAGAUAGCUGAAGCAGUUUAUUCCAUUUCACACAAUGGGGUCAUGGUGGUUGUUGAGGCCAACCACAUUUGCAUGAUCUCAAGAGGGGUAGAGAAAAUAAGGAGCAACACUGCAACAAUUGCAGUGUUGGGCCAGUUCUUGACCGACCCUUCUGCCAAGGCACACUUCUUACAGAAUGUUUUAGAUACAGCUGGUCCUGCGGUUUGAGUCGUAUGACCUAGCGAAGAAAAAUAUAUAUGGUUGGGAGUCACUACCUAAUGAUGGCAAUGCUUGCCAAUCUACGAGUCUGGUGUCAUUACCAAUUUACCAUAGAAAAUGUCCGUUGCUUGAUGGGUGCAAAUUGUUGCCCGGAAGAUUGAUUGUACCGAGGGUAUCAGAAGAAAGCACCAAAGGGGGUUUGGUUCUCUCUCAUGUUGUACCAUGUUACUUGUACGGCACUUUAAAUAAAUAGUAAUAGUUACGACUGUGCCAAGAAAGAUAUGUAGUUACUCAGAUUUGUUUAGAUUAUUUUCAAACUUACCAUUUGUUCAUGAAAUUUUGGUGGAAGAUUGUUCAAGCUCUUGUUGUAGUGUUGAAUUUGCCUUCCGAUGGCUGACAGGUUGUCCAUACGUUCUUACAAUCCUGUUGAGAUCA